CUGGCGGAAACGAAAAUCUGAGCCAAGCUGUGUUCGCUCUUCACUCUCUUUACAUUUCUUUUUGAUUCAGUAAAAAUGGCAAACAAGCUCAAAGUCGACGAACGUCGAGCUGAACUGGCUAAACGCGGACUUGACACCACCGGAACCAAACCCUCUCUGUUUCGGAGACUAGAAUCAGCUAUGGCGCAGGAAAACAAGCAAUCGACGGACACGGUCGAAGCUAGUGGUGGCAGGAAAAGAGACAGGGACACUCAAGACGGAGUUUCUAACGGAGCAGAGAAAAUUAAGGCCACUGAUAAAUUCCAGGAAAUGAAUAUUAAGCAAUUACGCGAACAAGCGAAGUUUCUAGGGGUUUCCACCACCGGGACCAAAAAGAAAUUAAUAGAGAGGCUUUGCAAUGGUUUGCCGGACAAUGACAGUUCUUUAGACACUCUUCAAGUUAAAGAAGAGGAGGCUGUCAAUAAGAAACAGAAAAUUGUAACUGCGACCAAGAAGGGCGCCGCUGUGCUGGAUCAAUAUCUUUCAGAUCAGAUAAAGUCAGAAUAUCAUGUUUUCCAACUGGGCGAUGAUGUGUACGAUGCAAUGCUGAAUCAGACAAAUGUUGGGAAUAACAAUAACAACUUCUAUGUCAUUCAACUUCUAGAAUCUGAUGAUGGUGGUAGAUUCAUGGUCUACAAUAGAUGGGGAAGGGUUGGAGUAAGGGGUCAAGAUAAAACAUUUGGUCCCUACACUUCUCGAGAUACUGCACUUUAUGAAUUUGAACAGAAGUUUUAUGCUAAGACAAAGAACAACUGGUCCGAAAGAAAGGAGUUCAAAUGUCAUCCCAAGUGCUAUACCUGGUUAGAAAUGGACUACAGUGAAAAGGGAAAAGAACCAGUGGUCAAAGAAGGUUUUGACUCUAGUUCUGCAAUGCAACCUCGGGAAACAAAACUUGAACAACGUAUUGCAAAAUUUAUCUCUCUUAUAUGCAAUGUGAGCAUGAUGAGGAAGCAAAUGAUGGAAAUAGGAUAUAAUGCUGAUAAACUGCCACUUGGUAAGCUGAGCAAGUCAACAAUAUUGAAGGGCUAUGAAGUCCUCAAGAGAAUUGCCAAUGUAAUUGGCACAGCAAAUAAGCCACAACUAGAGCAAUUGAGCGGUGAGUUCUAUACUGUUAUUCCCCAUGACUUCGGUUUUAAAAAAAUGCGUGAUUUUGUCAUUGACACUCCUCAGAAGUUAAAACACAAAUUAGAAAUGGUUGAAGCCCUGGGUGAGAUUGAGGUUGCGACAAAGUUGUUAGAGGAUGAACCAGGAAUGCAGGAAGAUCACCUGUAUUGUCAUUAUAAUCGCCUCCACUGUGAACUGAUACCGCUUGAGGUUGAUUCUGAAGAAUUUUCUAUGAUUGCAACGUAUAUGCAGAACACACAUGCAAAAACACACUCACAAUAUACUGUUGAUAUUGUUCAAAUAUUCGAGAUCUUUAGAGAAGGUGAAGCUCAACGCUUCAAGAAGUUCUCGACUGUGAAAAACAGAAUGCUUUUAUGGCAUGGUUCUCGCCUCACGAACUGGGCCGGCAUUCUGUCCCAAGGCUUGCGCAUUGCACCCCCAGAAGCACCUGUAACAGGCUACAUGUUUGGGAAGGGGGUUUAUUUUGCUGAUAUGUUCUCAAAAAGUGCAAAUUACUGCUAUGCUACAGCUGCUGCUUCAGCCGGUGUUUUACUGUUGUGUGAGGUUGCGCUUGGGGAUAUGGCUGAGCAGUUAUAUGCAAAUUAUGAUGCUGAUAAGUUGCCGCAGGGGAAGCUAAGCACAAAAGGAGUCGGCUCAACUGCUCCAGAUCUCUCAUGUGCCAAGGCACUUGAGGAUGGUGUCACUGUUCCUCUUGGGAAAGCCAAACAGCAAGAAGGCCAUAAGGGUGCUUUACUAUACAACGAGUACAUAGUCUACAAUGUGGAUCAGAUUAGGAUGCGUUAUGUGGUUCAAGUGAAUUUCAAAUACAAGAAUUACUAACUUCAAUAUGUCUCUUCCAUACUGAAUCUAAGAUUGGAGGUCUUACAGUUGUAGAUUUCGGGUAGAAUAAGAGAAUUCAAUGAGCUGUACCCAGGAAAUGUUGUUUCCAUUGUAAUACAGCAGCAUGCUGUAUUUAUACUGUACAUAAGAUAUUCUCUUUUUAAAAAAAAUUGUUAGGGUUAGGGGUGAAGGAUGGGAAAGAGGUUGUCAUAUGCAUCCUAUAAUAAAGAUGAUGCUGUAGGAAAAUGAGUUAGUAAGGUAACUGAAUAUAACACGUAACCUUUGCUGGUUGAAGAGUAGAAAAA